AUGGUUGCAGAUAUACUCUCCAGAGAGAGUAAAGAGUGGAACAAAGCUCACAUCGAUAAUCUAUUCCCUGAGCUGGCCUCACAUAUUUUAUCACUCCGGCCUAGCAUCCUAGGUGCAAAAGACACGUUUACAUGGCCGCUGCAUAAGACAAGUAACUACACUGUGAAAUCAGGAUAUUACUCAACUCAAACUGCAAAGCACCAAUCAGCAAACUUACUCUCAACAUCUGGAACACCAUGGAACUGGAAGAAGUUCAUCUGGUCACAAGACCUCCUUCCGAAGCUCAAGUAUUUCCUCUGGAAGGCAGCCACAAAUUCUUUACGGACAGGAGAGAAUCUACGGAAAAGAGUCCUCGUUGCUGACACAGCCUGCUCCAGAUGCGGAGAGCCAGAAACAUUAGACCACAUCCUAUUUCACUGCGAUUUUGCAAAGGAUGUAUGGAAGGCGGGACCUUGGAUAGAUGUUGUCUCUACGGGUAACAGCUCCACCUUCAAAACACUGAUCCAAGAAGCCCGUAAAUGGACGAACCUCCCUCCCCAUGGAAUCACAGGUAACGCCUUUCCCUGGUUCGUUUGGUCGAUUUGGACUGCUAGAAACCUCUGGGUCUUCGAGAAACGAAAGACCACACCACUAGAAACAUCAGUUAAGGCGAUCACCUCACAGAAAGAAUGGGAACAGGCACAAUCCAAUAGACCCAAGACGACGACGAAUCGUGAUCUGACCCCUUCACUGCAGCUAUCUCUCACCAACGAAUCCACCAUCUUCUGUAAUACCGAUGCAACUUGGAGAUCCGAUCAGCAAGCUGCAGGACUCGGCUGGAUCUUCACAGAUCGCCACACACAGGUGCUUCACCAAGGCUCUAUCGGGCAGAGAAAUGUCCCCUCCGCCUAUAUGGUUGAGGCGUUGGCCAUCAGAGAAGCCCUAAUCCAAGCCUCAUCUUACAACUACACAGACAUCUGUCUCCGUACAGACUCACAAGAGCUCGCCAGAGCUAUCACCAUGAGAAGACGAUCGACGGAACUCUUCAGAAUUCUCUCGGACAUCGACUCUUUGGUCUUCUCCCCUUCCUCCCCCUUCCGAUCAUGCGCUGUCGCUUUUACUCCAAGAGCCAGAAAUGGGCCGGCGGACUCCUUAGCUAAAGCCUGUCUUGUUUCUUUUUUGGGCCUGAGGCCAUAA